AAACACACACCUACACACCUAUCUUAUUAUUAUAAACUGAGCAUUGUCUGUUUUAUUUUUAAAAUGGCUUUGAACUUUUUACUGACGACACUUUGACAAACACCCUGUCAUUAUAAUGGUGGAGAGUGUGUCGCUGCGUUAAUGUGAAGCGUUCAAAUUACAGUUGUUGGUGUUUGCAGGUUGCGGUGCACUUGUACAGUUAUCGGUGUGUGUGUACGUGUGUGCACUGUAUUCGAAUAUCAUAGCAGUCGUCAGCACAACAACUGGAACCGCUUCUAAUCUGACACUGCGAGGUUGGCAUAGAAAUGGCAACAACACCGGGGCCAUACGAGCCAGGCUCCAUACCGCUGGCUGACGCUUUAGUCCCGGCUAGUAUAUUUGCUCCGGACCGGACAGGAUGCGUGGACGACACCGAGGACGAGUGCUUCGAGGACGCGGAUAUGGUCAACGGCGAGCCCGAGGACCGUGCGGUUGACUUUACCAACAAGCAGGCUCUUGUUAGCCCAAACGGAGAGCAGUAUGACUCGUUAGUACGCCAGCUACGGGACAGGAUGGAGGAGGGAUGCGGCGAGACCAUAUAUGUAGUUGGAAAGGGCUCAGAUGGUGAUGACUGGGGUCUGGAUGAGACAGAUAUGGAGGCCUCAGUGGCUACAGUGCUCUCCAUGUGCGAGCAACUGGACACUGACCUUAUUUUACUCCGAGAGCGUAAUGAGACUGCCGGCUUGGUGCGUGACUAUUUGAUCCGCAGGCGUGUGGGUGAGCUGGACUUCCUGGAGGUCAGAGUUGCGGUGGUGGGUAACGUGGAUGCGGGUAAGAGUACUCUCCUGGGAGUUUUGACACAUGGAGAGCUGGACAAUGGCAGGGGCUUUGCUCGCCAGAAGCUCUUCCGGCACAAGCAUGAGAUGGAGAGCGGCAGGACCAGCAGUGUGGGCAACGAUAUCCUGGGCUUUGACCAGGAGGGUCAGGUGGUGAACAAACCAGAUAGCCAUGGAGGAAGCCUGGACUGGACCAAAAUUUGUGAGAAGUCUUCCAAGGUCAUAACCUUCAUAGACCUGGCAGGCCAUGAGAAAUACCUCAAGACUACCGUCUUUGGGAUGACUGGACACCUGCCUGACUUCUGCAUGCUCAUGGUGGGCAGCAAUGCAGGUAUCGUAGGGAUGACCAAAGAGCACCUGGGCCUGGCAUUAGCUCUAAAUGUGCCUGUAUUUGUUGUGGUAACCAAGAUAGACAUGUGUCCAGCCAACAUCCUACAAGAGACACUGAAGCUCCUCCAGAGGUUACUGAAAUCCCCUGGCUGUAGGAAAAUCCCUGUCCUGGUCCAGAACAAGGAUGACGUCAUAGUCACAGCUUCAAACUUUAGUUCUGAGAGGAUGUGUCCCAUCUUUCAGAUAUCCAAUGUAACUGGAGAGAACAUGGACCUGCUCAAGAUGUUUCUUAACCUGCUCUCCUCCAGGACUUCGUACAGAGACGAUCAGCCUGCAGAGUUUCAGAUAGAUGACACCUACUCUGUGCCGGGAGUAGGCACAGUUGUGUCGGGAACUACUUUACGUGGACUCAUACGCCUGAAUGAUACCAUGCUGCUGGGGCCAGACCCCCUGGGCAGCUUUAUCCCUAUUGCCGUCAAAUCAAUCCACCGUAAGAGGAUGCCUGUGAAGGAGGUUAGAGGCGGCCAGACUGCGUCAUUCGCUCUCAAAAAGAUCAAGCGCUCAACAAUACGGAAGGGCAUGGUGAUGGUGUCGCCAAAGUUGAACCCACAGGCUACCUGGGAGUUUGAGGCCGAGAUCCUGGUGCUGCAUCAUCCCACUACGAUAUCCCCAAGAUACCAGGCCAUGGUCCACUGUGGCAGCAUAAGGCAGACAGCCACCAUCUUGUCCAUGAAUAGAGACUGCUUAAGAACAGGGGACAAAGCUUCAGUCCACUUCCGCUUCAUCAAGACCCCCGAGUAUCUACACUGUGAGCAGAGGCUGGUCUUCAGAGAGGGACGCACCAAGGCUGUGGGGACCAUCACGAAGCUGUUGCAGUCAACCAAUAAUCUGCCGUCAAACUCCAAACCACCUCAAAUCAAGAUGCAGUCUACAAAAAAGGCACCACUGCGAAAAGAGGACGGCCCCCCGGCAGCCAGCGAUGACGCAGCGUCGAUAGCUCAGUCACCAGGACCAAGCGCGACACAACCAGGAGAGGGAGAGGAAGACCCUCAGAUAAAGGAGGGCAACAAAGAGAACAAGCCAAAGUCUGGAGGAGGUGGGAGGAGGAGGGGCGGCCAGAGGCACAAGGGAAAAGGCCUGAACAGUGGCAGCAACUCGACAGCAGCUCCCUCCUCAUCAGGGACGGGCGGCUGCUGAACUGUCCCUCCAGUCCCACGCAAACCUCCCUCUCUGCAAUCACUCCGCCAAGUGUCUUCAUCUCACAAACCAUGGAUGCUGAUGUUUGAAGAAAGACACUCUCCUCAGUCCAAUUACGACUUGCCUUUUUAAACAACAGCCCUACUGUUUUUAUUUUUAAAAAGGGAACACAAGGGGGUAUUGUCCGAAACUGAAAGGCAUACAACCUUUUAUGCAUUUUAAUGUCAGCUGCUUUUUGCAGUGUGGUUUAUGAGGUUAGCCUCACUCGGAAGGGUGAUUCAUUCAUUUAUAUUAAUAUUUAAUGCCUCUAGGAAAUCCACAAUUCAGUCCUUUGGGCUCACUAUCAGUGAUGGGGAGGGUGGCCUCACCCGAAAAACAAGGAUCUAGUAUGAAGAUGAGCAGCUAUAAAUGAAACUCCCCCAUGCAUUCCCUGUGUAUUUGCAAUGAAAAACAGUUCAUGUACUAUUUAUACUGCAUAUGUAAAAUAGUUGUUGUGCUCUGAUUGGAGAUGCUCCGCUGUAAAAAUGUAUGCAAAUCACAAAUGAAUGUAGCAGAGGGCACAUAGUGAAUUGAAAUUUUAGAUAUGUGGAAAAUAUAAGCUGUAACAUUUUAUAAUUGUCCUUUUAUUUAUUUGGCAUUGAUGCAGAAUGUUGACUUUUUGGAUGGUCUGCAAUUUCCUCCUAGUCUAAUCCGCACCGUUAGAUUCAGUCGUAUCUUUGACGCUUCCUCUGUCAGUCAUCCAUGUAAAUACCUUACACUCAUAGUGUUGAUACAAACAAAUACAGCACAUAAACGUAUCACUCCAAAAGCUGUUCAUGACUCAAGUCGUGCAGUACUCGCAAUGAUAUUUGUAACUCUCAUACCCCAUGCUGGUUGCUGUUCCAAGUUGUGACACUUAAAACAACUUUGCGGCUAAAAACCUCACCAUUAAUAAACAGCUUUACCAAACA